CUCGCUGGCUGCUGCUCCUGCUGCUUCUGCAGUGUGGAUAGCAGGAAAUUCAGCAGAGCAGGACCGUUCUCAUUUGUCAGAACAUCCCGUUUCACUGCAAGCAUGGGUCUGAGGGAAGGAUUUUCAGCUGAUUUAUAGCGUUCUGAGAGGUCCCAACACAUCUUCUAUCUUUCCUCAGCUUUGGGAACACUUGCUUAACCUGUAAUCAGCAUGACUCAAAACAACAUCAGUGUCUGUCUCUGGAGCAAAAAGAAAUAAUGCGCUUUGUUCUGCUGCUUCCUAUUCAAAGAGGAAUCAUAUUGGGAAGCAGAAGUUGCUGAGAAGGAGAAAGAUUUGAUACCCAACUCACUGGAAAAGGAUGUGCAAAAGGACUUCUGGACAUUCCAGUGGGUUUCAGGCACUGGACAUGGACACGGAGGAUGACCCCUUGUUACAGGACUCCUGGCUAGACGAGGAAGAUGAAGAGGUUGCCUUCAGCUCACGGAAGAGGCAGGAGGGUGCUCUGUUGUGUGGUAAAAGCCCGUGCAGAGCCAGGCCACUGCGUGUCACGCUGCCGGCGACUGGCUUCUGGAAUAUUGUUGGCUGGAUAUUCACCAACCCGUACUGCGCCGGCUUCAUCCUUUUCCUUGGCUGCGCCAUCCCCGCUGUGCUUGCUGUUGUCAUGUUCCUCCACUACCCAGCCCUGGACAUCGACAUCUCCUACAACGCCUUCGAGAUCCGUAACCACGAGUCCUCCCAGCGCUUCGACGCGCUUGCCUUGGCCCUCAAGUCCCAGUUUGGGUCGUGGGGGAGGAACCGCCGGGACCUGGCUGACUUCACCUCUGAGACCCUGCAGAGGCUCAUCUUUGAGCAGCUCCAACAGCUCCACCUCAACGCUUCCCACCUGGGGGGCGGUGCACGGGCCAAGCGCAGCACCCCGCAGGGCAGGACUAGCCCCCAAAGACCCCGUGCCCACCUCAACCCAGGAAACCAAACUGCCCGAGCAGAGAGGGGCGCCCCGCGCUGGGACUACUCGAACACUUACGUUAGUGCCAACACACAGACACACGCGCACUGGCGCAUUGAGCUCAUUUUUCUGGCUCGGGGGGAUGCUGAGAACAACAUCUUCACCACCGAGCGCCUGGUCACCAUCCACGAGGUCGAGCGCAAGAUCAUGGACCACCCUCGCUUCCGGGAGUUCUGCUGGAAGCCCCAUGAGGUCUUGAAGGACCUGCCCCUGGGCUCCUACUCCUACUGCUCCCCUCCCAGCUCCCUCAUGACCUACUUCUUCCCCACUGAGAGAGGAGGGAAGAUUUACUACGACGGCAUGGGACAAGACCUUGCAGACAUCCAAGGAUCCUUGGAGCUGGCCAUGACCCACCCCGAGUUCUACUGGUAUGUAGACGAGGGCUUGUCUGCUGAGAACAUGAAGAGCUCCCUGCUGCGGAGUGAAAUCCUCUUUGGGGCGCCGCUGCCGAACUACUACUCGGUGGAGGAUCGCUGGGAGGAGCAGCGCCGCAAGUUCCAGAGCUUUGUCGUCACCUACGUGGCCAUGCUGGCCAAGCAGUCCACAAGCAAAGUCCAGGUGCUGUAUGGAGGGACGGAUUUGUUUGACUACGAAGUAAGGAGGACUUUCAACAAUGACAUGUUGCUGGCCUUCAUCAGCAGCAGCUGCAUAGCAGUCCUGGUCUACAUCCUCACCUCCUGCUCAGUGUUCCUGUCAUUCUUUGGCAUUGCCAGCAUCGGGCUAAGCUGUCUGGUGGCUCUGUUCCUGUACCACGUGGUUUUUGGGAUCCAGUACCUGGGCAUACUUAAUGGGGUGGCUGCCUUCGUUAUCGUGGGGAUCGGGGUUGAUGAUGUCUUUGUUUUCAUCAACACCUACCGCCAAGCCACCCACCUGAAGGACGUGCAGCUGCGCAUGAUCCACACCAUCCAGACAGCGGGGAAGGCCACCUUCUUCACCUCCCUGACCACAGCUGCAGCAUAUGCUGCCAACAUCUUCUCUCAGAUACCAGCUGUGCAUGAUUUUGGACUUUUCAUGUCACUGAUUGUGUCCUGCUGCUGGGUAGCUGUGCUCUUCAUCAUGCCAGCUGCUCUUGGAAUAUGGACCCUUUAUGUGUCCCCACUAGAGAGCUCCUGUCAAACCAGCUGCAGUCAGAAGUGCACCAAAAAGAGUGCUUUGCACCUGGCUGAAGAUCUCUUCAUUGCCUCUGAAGCCACCUCCAGAGCAGGCCGAGAGACGCUUCCCUAUCUCGAUGAUGACAUCCCACUGCUCAGCGUGGAGGAGGAGCCUGUCUCUCUGGAAAUGGGGGAUGUUCCCUUGGUGUCUGUGAUGCCAGAAAAUCUGCAGCUCACUGUGGAGAAGAGCAGCCGAGGUCACUUGAUAGCCCAUCUGCAGGAGCUGCUGGAGCACUGGGUGCUGUGGUCUGCAGUAAAGAGCAGAUGGGUGAUUGUGGGGCUCUUUCUCGUUGUUUUGCUCCUAUCCAUAUUCUUUGCCAGCCGCCUCCGUCCAGCAAGCCGUGCUCCAGUCUUGUUCCGGCCAGACACAAACAUCCAGGUGCUGCUAGACCUGAAAUACAACCUGAGUGCUGAAGGCAUCUCCUGCAUUACCUGCUCAGGUUUGUUUCAGGAAAAGCCCCACAGCUUGCAGAACAACAUCCGAACUUCCUUGGAAAAAAAGAAAAGAGGCUCAGGGUCACCUUGGGGAAGCAAAGGGAGCAUAAGUGAUACAGGGCAGCAAGAUCUGCAGGGGACUGUGUAUAUCUCCAAGUCCAGAAGCAAGGGAAGGCCAGCCAUCUACAGAUUCUCUCUCAACGCCAGCGUCCCUGCCCCCUGGCAGAUGGUGUCACCAGGAGACGGGGAGGUGCCUUCGUUCCAGGUGUAUAGAGUGCCUUUCGGUAACUUCACCAGGAAGCUGACAGCUUGUGUGUCCACAGUAGGGCUGCUUAAACAGACGAGCCCCAGGAAGUGGAUGAUGACCACCUUGUCCUGUGAUACCAAGAGAGGCUGGAAGUUCGACUUCAGUUUCUAUGUGGCCGCCAAGGAGCAGCAGCGAACGCGGAAACUGUAUUUCGCCCAGUCGCACAAGCCCCCCUACCAUGGCCGAGUGUGUGUGGCACCUCCUGGCUGUCUUCUCAGCUCUAGCCCAGACGGACCCACCAAAGGCAUCCUUUAUGUUCCCAGUGAGAAAGGUAAGUACCCUAAAGCAAAGCUGUCAGCAACCUCUGGAUUUAAUCCUUGCAUGAACACGGGCUGUGGGAAGCCAGCAGUGCGGCCACUGGUGGACACAGGAGCCAUGGUGUUUGUGGUCUUUGGUAUCCGAGGGAUUAAUCGCACAGGACGUUCAGACAACCACGUCAUUGGAGACAUGGGCAGCGUUAUCUAUGAUGACAGCUUCGACCUCUUCAAAGAGAUUGGCAACCUGUGCCGCCUCUGCAAAGCCAUCGCCAGCAACACCGAGCUGGUGAAACCAGGAGGGGCUCAGUGCCUGCCCUCGGGUUAUAGCAUCUCCUCCUUUCUGCAGAUGUUGCACCCUGAGUGCAAGAACAUCCCUGAACCGAACCUGCUGCCUGGCCAGCUCUCUCACGGGGCAGUGGGCGUGAAGGAUGGGAAGGUGCAGUGGAUCUCCAUGGCGUUUGAAUCGACAACCUACAAGGGGAAAUCUUCCUUCCAGACAUACGCUGACUAUCUGAAAUGGGAGACAUUUCUGCAGCAGCAACUCCAGCUUUUCCCAGAGGGCUCUGCUCUCCGACAUGGUUUCCAGACCUGUGAGCACUGGAAGCAGAUCUUCAUGGAGAUUAUAGGAGUGCAGAGUGCCCUGUACGGUCUCAUCCUCUCGCUGGUUAUUUGUGUGGCUGCAGUGGCAGUGUUCACCACCCACAUCCUCCUCCUGCUGCCGGUGCUGCUCAGCAUUUUAGGGGUGGUCUGCUUGGUGGUGACCAUCAUGUACUGGUCUGGCUGGGAAAUGGGGGCUGUGGAAGCCAUUUCUCUCUCCAUCCUCGUUGGCUCCUCUGUCGAUUACUGCGUGCACUUGGUGGAGGGCUACUUGCUGGCAGGGGAAAACCUGCCACUGCACCACACGGAGGACCCCACAGCGUGCCGCCAGUGGAGGACGAUUGAAGCAGUCCGUCACGUGGGAGUGGCGAUCGUCUCCAGCGCCGUCACCACGGGGAUCGCCACCGUCCCCCUCUUCUUCUGCAUCAUCGCCCCUUUCGCCAAGUUUGGGAAGAUCGUGGCCCUCAACACGGGAGUCUCCAUCCUCUACACGCUCACUGUGAGCACAGCCCUGCUCAGCAUCAUGGGGCCCGGCACCUUCACCCGGAGCAGGACUUCCUGCCUCAAGGCGGUGGCAGGAGUGCUCCUCACCGGCCUGCUGGGGCUAUGCAUCUGCCUUGCCCUGCUGAAGAGCGGGUUUAACAUCCCCCUCCCCAACGGGACAGCCCUGUAGACCUUACGCCAAGAGCCGCACGCUCUGUCCUCUCGCUCCCUUUUCUUUUCGCUUUCUUUUUUUUAAAGGAUAUUUUUUGUAAGAAAAAAAAAGAGGAAAAAAAAAGCCCUUUUUUUCCAGAAGUUUUUCAACUCCAGAUGCACUUUAUUUUCUAAUAGGUUUUGCUCUAAACUUGUAUUUAUUUCGGUAGUGAUGGAUGGAUGACGGACAGUGAGGGCUGCCCAGGGAAUUCCUCAGCCCAUAAGCAGGAGGGGAGGAGGUAUCCUUCUCUCAAUUUUCUUUCUGCUUUUCUUUUUUUAAAUGAACAGAGCUUUCUGGAACCACAAAGAUAAAGGGGAGAAGUCAGGCCCUCUGCUCCCUGUCAGAAACCUUCCCUUCUGCCCUUUCCCUCUUCUGGGCCAGGGUCAGCAUCCAGUGGCUCUGGAGGUGAUGUCCUGCACCCUGCCAGGCCAGUGCAUCAUUACAUGAGCCUUGCAACAGCAGUGGGCUGAGGGAUAGCAGUGUCUGGACCCCUUUGCCGUGUCCUGUGCCCAGCAGUGACCUCAGUGCACAGGACACAUUUCCCAGCCAGCUCUUACCGGGGUUGUUGUGGGAUUAGAGCUAGAAAUCUUGGGCAGUCCCAGUUCCUGCUCCCUGUGUGACCUCACCAGUCGCAGCCUCUGCUCUUCAUGGUGGAGAGCGAACUGAAGGCCUCCAGCUCCCUGCAACGAUUUUUGCUCCUGGACCUGGCAGCCAGCUCUUAACCUGAGGGCGAGCUAAGCCCUGCGGCCAGGCAGAGCCCGAGGCUGGCAGCAUGCAUGGACACACAGCGGGGCACCCUCUGUGACAGCUCCGAGCCCCCCUCCCACGUGCAGACACGAAGGCAGCAGAGCUUCAGCCUGCGGCUGCUGCCUGCUCACAGCAGAUGGUUUAUAUUAAAGUAAAAUGAAAUUGCAAACUAGUGCCAUUAACAAGUACAUUUUAAGCAUCACUGAUUCCAUCAUAUUCUUAAAAUUGAAAUAACUAAGUGUGUGCAUUGAGAUGCAGCGCAUCUGGUCCUCGGCAGAGGGGGAGGAGUCAGGCCCACUGGGAGAUGCAUUAAACAUUAUUUACAGGGAUGCCAGCAGAGGGAGGUGGCCAGAAAGCAGCCUGAGUCCUCAUUUGUUUGCAGAUACCGUGUCCCUGGUGGCUUUGCAUUCUCUGUCUGGAUUGACCCCCUUUUUAAAAUGGAAAUACCAGGACGCCGGUUCCCAGCACCAGCGAUGCUCUGGGGCUGUGCUGCUGGGACAGACCAGCAGCUGCUUCUGUGCGGCUCGCUGAAUCCCUGCUUUGAUCCCUGCCCGUCUCUUACGCCUUCACAUCGUGCCAUCCCUCUGAAACCGGAUCAAAUGUUUGUUCCUAAGCUAGGUUCCCGAAGGUAUCAGAAGGAGAAAGAAGUGUGAGAACAGGAAUCGCCUUGGGCCUUGUUGAUGCCAGGGAAAAUCCAGAGCACUCCUGCUGCAGGCAGUGAAGGUGGUGAAAGCAUUAGCAGACCAGACCUGAUUUCUUCCUCACCACCCCACAGCGCAGCUGAGUUACCUUUUUCUGCAGAGUGUUACAUGUUUCUUGGCCCCUACCUCUGAUCUGGCCCAGUUCUUGCAGGAUGAACCUUGUGCCCAUGAAUAAAUGGUUCUGGGAAGUAUUUUUAACUCUCCUAAACCUGUGCUUCUUUGAUAGCUGCUGGGUGCAACACAGCACAACAUCGAUCUGCAAGUCUUGCUUUCCUUGAUGGCUGUUCUCCAGAUUUAAUUACAGGUGGUGCCCUGAGCAGUGAGCAUGGAGGGCAGUGUGCUGAUGAUAGAGAUCGAGGUGGGUGCUGCAGGGGGAGAGCAAGGGAGCCCUGGUGCUGCUGCCCAGGAUGCUCUGGCUGCAGCUCGACCUCCUUUGGGUGAUUAAAGCUGAUGGAUAUUUCCAGGUCAGCAGACAAGAAAGGAAGGUGCUAAGUGCUGCCUUGCAGGAAGUUCCUCCUUCUCUGAGCACGGAGAAGCCUUGAAAGGGCUUUAAGGCAUGGCAUAGAUCUGCUUUGAAUCCUGUAAAAACUCAAAGCGCAUUCAGGCCCCAGGUGCCCUGUGGUUUUGAUCACUAUGAAGGACUAUAUAAGUCUCUCACCUCCAGAGUGAUGCUGGGCACACCAUGCUCAGCCACUCUUGGAAAGCAAGGAUUAAUUUCAAAGUAGUGGAAAACCUUUGGUGUUUCGGGUCUGAUCUGGCACUGUCUGAUCUCAGAUAAAAAUAACCGAGUUGUUAGCACCUGGCAGAAGCUGUCCCGUUUUCUGGAGCAGGCAGGGGAGAGGAAAGGCUGCCGUUUUCCCUCCUCCUCCCUGGCCAGCACAGGCACAGUCGGUGCUGUAGGGCUGGCUGGCACCAGCAGGAGCAGGAACAUCACCUUGCCCUUGCUUUCUGAAUGAUUUCCUCAUUCAGGACGGAAAAUGAGAGAGCCUGAGGUAGGUGCAGAGCUGUAACAGAUGAUUCACAAAGGCAUGCUGAGGAGGUUGUGCACAUCCAGCAAGGAGACAGAGGCAGAGAAAGGAGGAGGAACCUCUCCAGAUUGUAGUAAGAUGCCAGAAGAGCCAGGAGAUGAUCCCAGAAGAGCCAGGAGAUGAUCCCAGACAAUGCUUUUCUGUGCAGGGACCCACCAAAUAUAGGUAAGCUGACAACUUCAUGGUCAUGACACUUGUCUUUAAGGUCUAAGUAGAUAUUCCCCCUUGUCCCCACUUCACUCUGCACAGCUCUGUGGUCAGGGUGGCUGGUGUUUUCUCCACAUGCUACGGAGUCAAAGACACAGAGGCAGGGCCCGUCCUUCCCCAAAAUGUUUGCAACACCCUGAUCUCCCCAGCCAUCUGUGGAGACAAUAAAUCAGUGGCAGAUGUGUACAUCCGUCUCCAUGUAGGCAGCGUCCCCCUUGACAUUAGAAAAUAUUCAUAAAAUUAUAGGGGUAAGAAAAUGGAUGGGUUUAUCUGAGCAAAUGCAAAGGUGGGGCUGACAGCCCUACUGGGAAUGAGUGCUCUGAGGCAGAUGCUCGCAGCAAUAAAAAGCAAGGGCUCACCUGUCUGGCUCUUUUCUGGGAGCAGAUGCUUGCCCUAAAUUAAUUCCUCCCACAUCUCUGCCUAUCUUCUUUCGCUGAUGACUCUUCUGUUGCCCAGACCAUCUCUUGGGCCCCGUCUUGCCGAGCAAGGUUCAGCCUUCUCAGUGCUAGCUGCUUUUGCCUAAGAUGCUUGUGGAGGCUGGACUAAAACUGUCUGGAGAUUUUCUCUGGGAGAAUUUCUUGGACAGAGGAAGCAAAGGUGCUAAAAUGCUUCAUAUGAAGCUGCCAAUUUUGAUGUAUUUAAACAGUUGAACACAGCAGCCCAGUGUCACGGAAAUAUUCGAUCCCAGCCUUACUUGGAGGAGAAUGUGCUGUUUUUCCAUUCCAAAACAAUCUUACUGCUGCACUUAAAAAGAAAUGUAUACAAGUUCUCGGUUACAGCACACUGCAGUGAAAUAUUUGGUAGCUGCCCACUCUUCUUUUUCCUCGUAAAAUCCUGUUAUGAAGGAUACCUUCUGAAAAGCUGAUGUUAAUGUUUCAGGAUGGGGGCCAUUUGGUAAAUGCAGUUUCCUACAAAAUGGAACGGGUCCUGUCCUGACCAGGAGCCCUCUCCUGUGCAGCUCUUGGCAGUCCCAAAAGGGCAUUGCUCCACGUUGUUGAAGCACUGAGAUGCGCAGAGCUGCUGCUGCUGCUCCUUGCCUUCAGGAGAGCUGCUGAAUGAGUUCAGGGUUCCCCAAAGACACUGGUGAGACAACAGAGCCCCUGCUUGCAACAGCCCUGCCUAAAUCAGCUUUGGAGUGAGGAGGAACAAAUUUGGUGUGCUUUGUAAAGAUCAGCAUCAGAGGGAGAAAUAGAGCCAGGUCUCCUUGCUCCAUUUGUUUCCUUUUGUUGCAGUGGCUCUUGAGGUGCUGAGCUCCUACAGAAUCUGUAGAGGCAGCAGGGACAUCAGGGCUGGCCACCAACCCUGGCAAUUUCAAAGACUACAGAUGCUGGAAAGGAAUCAGUGGCUGUGCUGGGCUAUGUUCUCGAUCCCUCCUGGACCUGAAAUGAUGCCAGAGCAAAGUCAGCUUCAAAUUAUUCCCAAGAAGGACAUGGGGCAUGCUCACAGAGCUGCUGGGAGCACUGAUUUGGUAGUCCGGGUGCAGGGGUCUCCAGAGGCCCCUGGCUUUGUCUCCGCUGGAGCAAACUGGCAUGUUGCUUUAUGUCACGACAUCUAAUUCUUUUUGCUUGUCCUACCCUGAAUUUUCUUACCAGAGUGGCCUGCCCUCCUGGAAGGUUAUAAACCCCCAAGACACACAUAAAUCCUCCCAUGCUGUCCACCAAGGAAGCUGCGCUGAUUGAUUUGCAGCCAGGCAGGGCAAACGCAGUCUCUCGGUUAUUCCUUCUGAAAUCACUGCUCACCCCGCACAGCAUGCAAGCCACAGUUCACAGGUUAUGCUGUCCCAAAGGCCUCUGCCAACUCCUCUGCCCUGGCUGAGACCCAGGGUCCUGGAGCUGGAAGUCUUUCACAGCCUGUCUCCAUCCCCAGGAGGUGAUUGUGGGGUUCAGGACCCUUCAUCCCCUCCGCUCCUCCUCUGGGUGGCUGCUGGAGGGGAUGGGACGGCGAUGGCCAGGAGCAGGAAGGUUCACAGGGGGGAGCAGAAGAGAGCAAACGGGAGGGAGGAUGGGUCGAGAGCCGGGGAGAAGAGAUUUGAGCACCCCAAGGCACUGCCGUUUCACCGCGUCGCGUGCAGACCUUCAAGUGUUGGUUCUCAGAGUGAUGUAGCACAAUUCCCAACGGUAACGUACGCGUGUUACUUUUGUAAGUCGUCUCCUACCCUCACUAUUUUCAGUGUUCCUUGAUUUUUGGAGACUGUUGUAAAUAAAAGAUUUUGGCAUUCGCU